AUGCCGUUUAAUUUCGUGAAGUGGGAAGCAACGGUCUUGUUAAUCAAACCUAUCUGGGAAGCAGCCAAUUUAAGAUUUUCACCGGAUUUGGUAAAAUUAUUCCUCAAGAAGGCAGCCGAUCACAUCGGAACUAUUAUGCGGGAAGAAUUCAAGGAGCAAACUAUACAUUUAAAAAUAGAUUCUGCCACCCGUCACGAAAGGAGCAAUUUCGGAAUCAAUGCCCAGUAUAUUUCAGACGAUGGGAAGAUCAGAAUCCGGCAUUUAGGAUGGCUUGGAGCGGCAAGUUGGGCGAUGUCCCUGCUAGCGGCCACAAUUGUUGUUGCUCUUUGCCGAAGAAAGUCCACUCGACUUACAGCGGUCCUCGGAGGAUUGGUCCUGGCGCUCGGGAUCCUGUUUACCUCUUUUGCCACCCAACUGCACCAGGUGGCGUUCAGCUACGGCGUCAUCGUCGGAGUCGGAGCGGCCAUGGUGCGGGAAUCGGCGGCCGUCAUGUUGGGCCAUUACUUCAAACGGCGGAGACAAUUUGUCGAGAUGAUUACGAUGUCGGGCGAAGGUGUCGGAGUGGCACUGUUUUCUGUGAUACUGAAGGAAGGAGUCGGGAAAAUGGGCUGGCGCCUGGGUCUUCAAGCCGUCACCGGACUGGUUUCGUUCAGCUUCUUCAUGGGCCUCCUCUAUCGGCCAGCGUCCCUCUAUCAUCCCCAGCGGCGGGCCAUCUUGCAUCUGAAAAACCAAAGGAAAAAGGUAAAAGAGAAGAAGACCCAUGUCCGGACCCCGAAGCCACCGUUUCUGGAUUUCACGCCGCUCAAAAUGCCCUCGGUGCGGAUGCUCUCGAUUUCUGCGGCCACGGCAGCGUUUGGCAUCUACUCUCCUAUCUUUUUCCUGUCCCUGCACGGUUUCACGGAAGGUCACGACAUGCAGGACCUGGUACUGCUGCAAACCUUCCUCGGACUGUCGAUUGCACUAGGAAUUGUGUUCAGCGGGUCUUCCAUCAACAAAACACUCGAACUGUCGUUCAAAAAGAUUCGAAUAUCUCGUCAAUACGUCUGUCAGGGCUGUGUUACACUAGUUUCGUUAUCGCUGCUAAUCCUGUCGGCCGUUGCCGAUUACCGGGGACUUUGUUUUUCCGCCUGGGCCUAUGGUUUGGGUCUUGGAGGCUAUCGAUACACGCUCAAAAUGCUGGCAAUCGAGCGAAUCCGCGGCAAGUAUUUUUCCAAAGCCUGGGGCUUUAUCAAAAGUGCGGAAUCCUUGCCGGUUCUGUUCGGGGUGCCGCUGUGUGCAUUCCUAAAUGAUUCAUCCCACCGUUACGGCCGGGCAGGAUAUUACAUUUGUGCUGCGAGUGCUGCCAUCUCAGCCAUCAUCCUGUUCUUCGUGGGGCACCCGGAUGGCAAGAACAUGAACUAUUCUGCUAAUGGGUCCAUUACGUCACGAUGUACGGCACCCACAUCCUCGACUGACUGUCAGCGUAUGCUGAAUCGUAGUUUCUCAUCCCAACGCUUCAACAACCAUCAGUGGUCCUAUCCGAACACACAGAGCACCAAUAUGUCCAGCGGCUAUCAUCCGGCAGGACGAGGUUCAUUCGGUUCUCAAUCGCAGCGCUGCCUGUCCAGCCAAUUCAUGAAUGGUGGCCUCGGACUGAGCGGGGGAGUGGCGAAUUCCGGACCAGCUGGCCGUAGUACCACCAAUCUUGUGGGGGCGGCGGCGGCUGGAUCUGGCCAGGCCACGCACAACCACAACUACCACAGCCCAUACUGCCAAAGCCGUGGCCAACCUCACGGUCAUCAUCAUCAUGGUCGGCUGCAUAAGAGUCUUUCAUUUGCCUUCCAGACGCCGUUCUUCGACGAUGAGGAGCGGUCUCAACCGAUGGGCGGCUGUCAGCGAAUGGGGGGCCACGGAGGCCAAUAUACGGCGGCCGAUUAUCCUCCCAGUAGGAGCUACUCACGAUGUGAAAUCCACCAUCAUGGUCAGCAUCAGCAGCAGCAGCAACAACAGCAAAGUAAUCAUCAUCGGACCCCAACGACGGUCGGGGUUCAUCCGGCGUCAUCCUCGGCCGGCGUCUACUUCUGCUCCAACGGCCUCCAGAGUAAUCCAUCGCGAAGCCGGAGUGUCCCGGAAGGACUAUCCACCGGGCAUCAACCGGAAGCCGGGCCCGACUGCCAUUCCUGGAAUCACUGCCACUGGACCACGGCCAACGGGGUCAACUUCUGUCGGCCGACGCGCCCGGUUCAAGUCGUGGAGCAGAUCACCACAUCCGUUUGACUAAAGUUUAAGGUUAUGCGAUUUUUCCUCUGCAUUUCGAUUCACCUGUUGGAAGGAUUGUUCUCGUAGUUUGUUCAACGUGUUGCGCUCAGGACAGCGAAAUUCGAAUUCCGGGUUGUGGGCUCUCAACCGGCCUCUCACCCACAUCAUAAAUCAACCAAAAUUUUUGGAGCCAACAUAACGCGCGGUUGUCAUAACACAUAUACUAAAAUUGGAUUGAUAAAAAAAUUCUUAUAUUUAACCCCCCACUCCAUACCAUGACUUUCUCUCUUAGUGUAGGCGAAGGGUAGCGAAUUGAGGCGGACGGAUGAGAAAAAAAUAACCAACGCCAAUAUAGCCCCCAUGAUGUAGAAAAUGAUAAAUGUGUUCAAUACACCGAAUAUAAUUAAUUGCAAAAGCGGAAACGAUCCGUGCAGCUAAACUGUGAAGCGUGCUCGAUUUAAUCAACAACCUAAGCAAGGCGAAACUCCGGCCGGAAACGACCCACCCAGAGAUCCUGGAAAAACGAAAUCGAAACUCGAUUUCAAAAUCAGGACAACCUGCCGGAAAAUUCUGCUAUGUACCCUAGAAAGAGUGAAAACCAAUUAGAAAAAAAUGCAAAUCGCGCUAUCGUUUCGACAUUGAUUGUCGAAAAAGGGUGGAAAAAACGACUUUGAGAGAAACGUGAUGGCUUCAUGGCGGCGGGACUGAAGCGUAAUUCUAAAGUGUGUAUGUACGUGUCUGUAAAUAGUUCUGUUCCCAAUGGAUCACUACCAACUGGUGUGUCCAUUGUUAAAAUUAGUUAUCGAGUGCCAACCGAGAAGCGGCGUCCCAUUGAAAAUAUCCGGAACCCCACGAAUCAGCAGGAAGUUGGUCUGUAACUGUGAGUUAACUUUGAUUCAGUGCCAAGUUGAUGAUUUAUCGGGACGAAUGCAGUCAACGGCGCUAUCCGGUAGAUUAAAUUUUGGCGUUAGCAGAUUUAAUCAAACUUUGGCCAAUGGGUGAGAUACUUUGAUUGAAAAUUAGAUUUGAGGUUUGUAUGUAACACUUUGUGAUUUUAGCCAUUGAAUAUCGAGUUGAUUUGAGAAAAAUUUAAAACCGAGUCCUGAAUUUCGAGUGCUGGAUUACGAGUUGGGAAUAACGAGUUGUGAAUUCCGUGUUUUCACUGCCGUGUUUUGAAUUCCGGGUUCUGAAUUAAAGUACUGAAUUUCAAGUUCUUGAUUCCGUAUUCUAAGUUCCGAGCUCUGAAUUCCGAAUUCUGAAUUCCGGGUUCUGAAGUCCGAGUCCUUAAUUCGUCGUCCUGAAUCCAAAGUUUAUAAUUCCGAGUUCUGAUUUCUGAAGUCUGAGCUCUGAAUUUUGUGUUCUGAAUUCCAAGUUUUGAAUUUUGAAUUUCUAGAUUCUAGUUCUGCAUUCCGAAUCCUGAAUUCCGAGUUUUGAAUUGCGAGUCUGAAUUCCGAGUUCUAAAGUCCGAGUUUUGAAUUUACAAGUUAUCAAUUUCGAGUUCCAAAUUCCGAGCUCAAUUUUUCAUAUUCUGAACUCCGAAUUCCAAGUUUUUAAUUCCAGUUCUGAAUUCCGAGGUUUGAUUUCCGGGUUCAAUAUUCCGUAUUCUGAACUCCAGAUACUGAAUUUUGAAUUCCGACUUUUGAAUUCAGAGUUUAAAACUCCAAGUUUCCUAAAUUCGAUUUCUCAAUUCCAUGUUCUUAGUUAGUUGAAGUUCGAGUUCUGAAUUCAUCGUCCUGAAGUUUAUAAUUUCGAGUUCUGUGUUCUGAGGUCUGAGUUCUGAAUUCCAAAUUUUGAAUCUCAAAUUUUUCAAAUUUGCGAAUCUGAAUUCCGAGCUCCGAACUCCGAGUUCUGAAUUUCCAAGUUCUCAAUUUCAAGUUCUGAAUUCCGAGAUCUGAAUUCCAAGCUCAAUAAUCCAUAAUCUGAACUUCUAAUUUCGAGUUUCUUAUUUCCGAGUUCGGAAUUCCAUGUUCUUAGUAAACAGUUUUCAAUUCCGAGUUCUUAAUUACGUGUUUCAAAUUCCAAGUUCUGAAUUCCGAGUACUGAAGUCCGAGCUUUGAAUUCCGAGUUCCGAGCUCUGAAGUCCGAGUUUUUUGUAAUUCCUCGUCCUGAAUUCCAAGCAUUCGAAUUCUGUAUUCUGGAGGCUUAGUUCAGAGUUUUGUGUUCUGAAUUCCAAGUUUUGAAUUUCAACUUUCGGAUUUCAAGAUUUUAGUUCUGCUUUCCGAAUUUUGAAUUCCGAGUUUUGCAUUCCGAUUUUUUAUAAUUCCGAGUUCUGAAUUCCAUGUUCUUAGCUCUGAGUUUUUGAUUCCGAGUUCUAAAUUACGAAUCCUUGCUUCCGAGUAUUGAAGUCUGAGCUCUGAAUCCUGAGUUCUGAAGUCCUAGAUCUGAAUAGCUAGUCCUGUAUUUCAAGUAUUUAAUUCCGAGUUCUGUAUUCGAAGUCUGAGUUCUGAAUAUUGUGUUCUGAAUUCCAAUCGAAGUUUUUAAUCUCGAAUUUCGAAUUUCUAGAUUUUAGUUCUGCUUUCUGAAUUCUGAAUUCCGAGUAUUGAAUUGCGAGUCUGAAUUCCGAGUUCUGAAUUUCCAAGAUCUUAAUUUCGAAUUCUGAAUUCCGAGGUCUGAAUUCCGAGUUCAAUAUUUCGUAUUCUGAACACCGGAUUCCGAGUUUUGAGUUCCGAGAUUUGAAUUAAGAAUUCUAAAUAACUAGUAUUUUAAUUCCGAGUUCUGAAUUCCAUGUUCGUAGUUCAGAGUUUUUAAAUCCGAGUUCUAAAUUCCGAUUUCUAAAUGCCAAGUUCUAAAUUCCGAGUACUGAAGUCCGAGCUCUGGAUUCAAAAUACUGAAUUCCGAGCUCUGCAGUCUGAGUUCUGAAUUACUCGUGCUGAAUUCCAACUUUAUAAUUCCGAGUUCUGUAUGCUGAAGUCUGAGUUCUGAAUUUUGUGUUCUGAACUCCAAGUUUUGAAAUUUGACUUCCGAAUAUCUAGAUUUUAGUUCUGCUUUCCGAAUUCUGAAUUCCGAGUUUUGAAUUUCGAGUUCCGAAGUCCGAGUUCUGAAAUUCCAAGUUCUUAAUUUCGAGUUUUGAAUUUCGAGAUCUGAAUUCCGGGCUCAAUAUUCCGUAUUAUGAACUCCGAAUUCCCAUUAUUUGAAUUUCGAGUUCUGAACUCCAUUUCGAGUUCUAAAUAACGAGUUCUAAAUUGCGAGUUCUAAUUUCCGAGUACAGAAGUCCGAGCUCUGGAUUCCGAAUUCCGAGUUCUGAAGCCCGAUUUCUGAAUUCCUCAACCUGAAUUCCAAGUAUAUAAUACCGAGUUUUGUAUUCUGAAGUCUGAGUUCUGAAUUAUGUGCUCUGAAUUUAAAGAUUCGAAUUUUGACUUUCGAAUUUCUAGAUUCUGCUUUCCGAAUUUUGAAUUCCGAGUCUGAAUUCCGAGUUCGGAAGUCCGAGUUCUGAAUUACCAAGUUCUCAAUUUCAAGUUUUGGAUUCCGAGGUCUGAAUGCCGAGUUUAAUAUUUCGUAACCUGAGUUAACUUCAAAUAUUCAAAUUCUUAGUUCUGAAUUCCAUGUUCUUAGUUCUGAGAUUUUAAUUUCGAAUUCUAAAUUACAAGUUCUUACUUCCGUCCGAGUACUGAAGUCCAAGCUUUGAAUUUCGAAUUCUGAUGGCCGAGUUUUCAAUUCCUCGUCCUGAAUUCCAUAUUUAUAAUUCCGAGUUUCGUAUUCUGAAGCCCGAGUUCUAAAUUUUGUAUUCUGAAUUCCAAGUUUUGAAUUUAGAAUUUUGAAUUUCUAGAUUUCAGUUCUGCAUUCCGAAUUCUGGAUUCCAAGUUUCAAGAUCUGAAUUCCGGGUUCAAUAUUCAAUAUGCUGAACCCCGAAUUCCGAAUUUAGGAUUCUGAGAUUUGAAUUAAGAGUUUUAAAUCCAAGUUUUUUUAUUCCGAGUUCUGAGUUCCAUGUUCUUAGUUCAGAAUUAUUCAAUUCGCAGUUCUAAAUUCAGAGAUUGAAGUCCGAGCUCUGAAUCGCGAAUUCUGAAUUCCAAGUUUAAAAUUUCGAGUUUUUUAAUUCCGACUUCAGAAUUCCAUGUUCUAAGUUCAGAGUUUUUUAAUCCGAAUUCAAAACUACGAGUUCUAAAUUCCAAGUUCUAAACCGAGUACUGAAGUCCGAGUUCUGAAUUCCUCGUCCUGAAUUCCAAGUAUAUAAUUACAAAUUUUGUAUUCUUAUGGCUGAAUUCUGAAUUUUGUGAUCUGAAUUCCAAGUUUUGAAUUUCGACUUUCAAAGUUCUAGAUUUUAGUUCUGCUUUCUGAAUUCGGAAUUCAGAGUUCUAAAUUCCGAGUACUUAAUUCCGAGUACUGAAGUCCGAGCUCUGAAAUCCGAAUUCUGAAUUCCUCGCCCUUAAUUUCAAGUUUAUAAUUCCGAGUUCUGUAUUCUAAAGUUCGAGUUCUGAAUUUUGUGUUCUGAAAUCCAAGAUGUGAAUUUCGAGUUUCUAGAUUUUAGUUCUGCUUUCCGAAUUCUGAAUUCCAAGUUUUGAAUUGCAAGUCUGAAUUCCGAGAUCCUUAGUCCGAGUUCUGAAUUACCAAGUUCUCACUUUCUGAAUUCCGAUAUCUGAAUUUCGAGUUCUAUUUUUCAUAUUCUGAACUCCGAAUUCCGAGUUUUUAACUGUAAUUUUAUUAGUUCCGAGUUCUAAAUUCCAUGUUCUUAGUUCUGAAUUUUUAAUUUCAAGUUCUAAAAUACAAGUUCCGAGUACUGAAGUUCAAGCUCUGAAUUCCUCGUCUUGAAAUAAAAGUAUAUAACUCCGAGUUUUAUAUUCUGAAGUCUUAGUUCUGAAUUCAAAGUUUUGAAUUUCGAAUUUCUAGAUUUUAAUUCUGCUUUCCGAAUUCUGAACUCCGAGUUUUGAAUUGCGAUUCUGAAUUCCGAGCUCCGAACUCCUAGUUCUGAAUUUCCUAGUUCUUGAUUUCAAGUUCUGAAUUCCGAUAUCUGAAUUCCAAGCUUAAUAAUCUGAAUUCUUAACUCGGAAUUCCAAGUUUUGGAUUCUGAUAUCUGAAUUUCAUAUUCUUAGUUCUGAGUUUUUAAUUUCGAGUUCUAAAUUCCGAGUACUGAAGUCCGAGUUCUGAAUUUCAAGUUCUGAGUUGCAAGUUCUGAAUUCCAAGUUCUGAACUUCAAGUUCCGGAUUCCGGGUUCUGAAUCCCCAGUAAUUCAGUGUUCUUAAUUCAAAGUUUUGAAAUCCAAGUUCUGAGUUUCGAGGUUCUGAAUUCCGAUUUCUGAAUCCUAAGUAUUCUGAGUUCUGAAGUCCGAGUUCUGAUUUCAGAUUCUGAAUCAUGAAACUUAAUACUUAAUCAAACUUCUCAAACUUAUUUAUUUCCAAAAAAUGAUAAAAAAAAAUUGUGAUUGUGAUCAUGAAUUUUCAAUCUACAUUUAACCAAAAUCUAACUUUGAAGUCUGAAUCCGGAUCUGGUCACGGAAUUUAUAUUUAAAUCCUUAUUCCGAAUUUCAACCUGGUUUUUUAUUAAAUGUUUUGAACAAGAAUUUAGAAUUUCAAUCUACAUGGAAUAUUUUUAGUCUGAUGUGUCUAAUGGCUGUUGGAAUAUGAACUCAAUGUUUUUAUUCGUUUUUCAAACAAUUUCUCACUUGUUGAUAGUAAAUUAGUCGCGAAUAAUGAAUUUCAAAAGAUAGACUCCAAAAGUCUCACAGACUCCAAAAAGUAAGAUUAAGCUUACCAAAUUGCCCAGAUUUUGCGCAGAUGUUUUCACUUUACUUGCAAAACCAAUCAAAACUUUAAAUUGAGUCUUUAUAAUUAUGUAUCUUGCCAUUAAAAAAAAUGUUGAAAUUUUUUUUGUCAAAAUAAACAAAAUCGAAUUUUUGGAAUCCUAAAAUAUAGUUCGAAAUCGGCUGAUUUGUUGCGGUAAAACAAUCGGGUUUACAAUUGUUUAUCUUCUUGAAUUAAAGGAAUAAUUCCGAAAUUAGCCUCUUAUUGCCCGGAUUCUGAAAAAAAAAUUCGAAACAAUAUGCACAAUUUAACAUAAGAUAGCCCGAAAAUAUCUAGUAAGUAGUUAGGUACCUAGUUUAUUGUUCUUGAUUUUCAUUUUGGGUCACCAUUGGGACAGAAUCCUGAUUCGAAUCUUGGAUUUGUAUUUCAAACUAAAAUAAGAUGGAUUUUUCAUAUUCGAAACUCAUCAUUUCGAAAUAUGAAAAUAAAAUAUUUGAAAUUCAAACCAUUAGAUUUCGACUUGAAAUUUUAAUCCUCGUUAUAUAGCAUAAAUAUGAAGUUUAUGAGUCCAAAAUUCAAAAAUCUGAAACAAUUUCACCAUUCGAAAUUUUUGUUCAAAUUUACAAGUUGAUUUACGAGUGAGUUAAAAUAAAAAUAUAUUAAAACCCAUAAAUGAAGUAAGAGAUUUCUGGUUGAGGGCUCUGAUCAAAUCUCGUUUUUGGGUUUAAAUUCAUAGGAAUUCUUAUCUGGAAUUAAGAUUCAGAUUUUGAAUCUAGGAUCAAAAUGCAGGAUUCAGAUUCGGAAUAAAAAUUUAAAAUUUUAAAUUCGUAUUCAGACUCAGCUCGAAGUUAAGUUUUAUAAUCAAGAUUAAAAUAGCAAUUUGAAAACUUCAUUAAGGUUUCAAGUUGAAAGAGAUUGCUGUUUCAUAACUUUUAUUCUAGAUUCCAAAUAAAGUAUUUAAAUGCAAUCAGAGUCAGUCAGAAACACUAACCUGGUGAAAAUUAUAGAAUAAGACCUGGAUUCAUUCGAUAAAACAUAUUUUUUUGAAAAAAAAAAUUGAAAACUCUAUUCAAAAGGGUUUAAAUAUGAAAUAUAAAUUUAUUAUUAAUAAUUUUUGUUAGUAAAACAAAGUUGGUAAAGUAAAGUAAGUAAGUUGAUUCAUUUGGAAUUAUGUUAUAAGAAUUUGGGUGAAUAUUCAAGAUAUUUGCCGAUGCCAGAAAGGGUUAGAAAAAAUUCCCUAAAUAUUACUUAAAACAUACUUUGUAUCUCACCCAUUUGUAAGGAAAGGGCACUGUUAUUGAAAUGGUAACUCAACUGACUCGAUUGACACACUCUAAGCAUAAAGUUUAAAAUGUAAACAAACAAAAGGAAAAACCAAAGGCGUGUCCCCACGAAAGACACCACACUGUUUUGUUAAUCGCAGAGUUGUUUAUUUUAUGUUUUGAUGUUAGCUUGUUAAGUUACUGAUUCGCUACCCCGCGUGUAACGAAGAUAAAUUUAAGUAAGAAGCAAAUUUACUGAUAUGUUGAAAACAAACAAUCUGUGAGCAAGAGAUAUAGGACAAAAAAUAAACUUAGAAUUUAUUAACAUUGUUUCAGUUA